AUGGCAUCAAGAAUCCUUCAAUCUUUCACGCGUUCAGCGCCUGCAGCAAUCCGCUCCUUCCCACAGCGCACAAUAGUCCUCGCACCAGCACUCACACGUACCUAUGCUGUCAACCCCAGCUCCUCAUCGGCAUCGCAAAACAACUCCAACGCCUCAAACCCCCAAGCCUCGUCCUCUGAAGCACAAGACAUCAACGCGUCAGCCGCAACACGGGGAAUCAAGGACCAGGACACGGGCUCUGUUGCGAACCCUGUAAGCCACCCGGAGGAUGGAGAGCUUGGUGCUACGGAGGAGACAACGCAAAGCCAGGACGCGAUGAACCAUGAUCCCAAGGAGAGCGAUGCGAGCAAGAAGGAGAAGACGUUGAAGUUUGGACAGAACCAGCCAUUGGAUGCUGCUGACAAGUAA